AUGUUCCACGGCCGGACCUACUGGCCGCUUAUUCCCCUUGCUGCAACAGGGGUUUUUCUGAUCCUUAUCGGCAGCGGCGGUGGUGACGAGGCCAUUCCGCAGGGCGCCAAGCCCGCCGUGGCACCGUCGGCUCCGAAACUUUUGAGGGCAGGCAGGGCUUCGCUGGCAGCGCGCCAGCUUCUGCAGGCCCAUCACGGGAGCAUGGCCCCCAAGGCAACGGCCAAUGCGCAGGCAUCGAGACCUCAGGGUGGAAAACAGAAAGGUCGUGGCGAGCAACCACAACCUCAGCAGAACCGCAUAGAGUUUGCCUUACCCUCGAGUGUGGUGCAGGCGGUUCAAUCACUGUCUACACGGGCCACGCAAGACUUAUGGACGGCGGCACCGGUGCCUUUUCUGGCAGGGACGGCGGAGCAGAACCUCCAGCGGAGGACCAACCUUACCAACAAACUUGCCAAACGCCUGUCCGGCAACGAGCGUGCGAAGGUCGACAUGGCCGUCGCUUUACAAGCUUGGUUCGGCUUUGUCAGCCAGCAUAUGCUUGGCCUUCUGGCGCAAGUCCGUGCAAUCGGACAACGGUUGGACGACGACACGGCCGUGGCUGCCAGGGAAAUGCGAGAGAUCCUUUCCGAGCAGCCCUCGGAGACCACAGCGGCUCAGGUGAACAAGGCUCUAGCUGCGGUGGGACCAAUCUGGUCAGAGCCUCAGGAACAGGAGGUACUGCAACUUGCUGCCCGCCUUCGCGCCUUUGGCACAGUUACAAUGCAACCAAUGGGCAACGAUGGUGUUCCUUCCGGUCGCACAAGCACGACGGAUGCUACACUCACCUUGGUUUCUCCUCAACACUGGGGCGACACUGGAGGAGUGCGGCUUGGAGCUCAUCUGGAUGUGGGCUCUGUGGCAAGCUUUGGUGCCACGGACGAAGAUCUCCUGGGCCUCGACGGCUCAGGCGAUCCAGCCAUACCGAUCCUCGCCACGGAGUUACCUGGCGUAUCUACUAUGGAUGUUCGGGCCCCGGCGGCAAUGCCGCCGCCUCUGAUUCCAGCUGGUGUAGAUGCGACAGCGUUACCUGUUUCUACAGGUGGCAGAUGGAGGAAGCGAAGUGGUGGCCACACGGAGAGGCCGUCCAAAAGCCCACGUCGGGAGGUCGACACGGGCACGCCGUGGCCAUCCUUGAAGACAGGUCGCACACCGGACAAAGCGCCCAGGUCUUCGCUUCUGGCCGCCGUGGAAGACGAAGCGGAGCUGAUCCCGGCGGAGCGCGAGCCCCCACGCACUUGGGAGCAGGCAUGGACUGCUCUUUUGCAGUUUGCAGUUUCCCAGGGAGGAGAACGUGUGGGCGAACUUGCUUCUUGCCCCGAACAAGAUGCGAUAGUCUGUCCUGUCCACAACGCCGAGAAAGAAAGCGAGGUCUUGACACACUGUGGAGCGGUGUUGUCAGCCACCUGCCCCAAGGCCUUCUCGUCGCAGCGCAUGAGCUUCACGGCCUUUUCCGGAGUGUUCUGGCCCUCCGAUGGGAUUUGGCCGGUCAGUGCUGCGCGGGGCCAGCCAGUCUUUUCAACAGGGUUCCAGCACCAAUGCGUGACAUCGGGGUCUUUGCCCCGUCUUUGGCGCACUGCCCUCAGGUCUGCAGACAGCGGAAUGGAGUUGGCGCCGCCAGGUGGAAACACUGCCUUCACUCCCACCGGAGCAGUACGUUCUUACCGAGCUCACCCUCCCGUGGUUCCGGAUCCGUGCGCAGCGAUAAUCCGGGACGCGGCUGUGCAGCAAGGCAUACACGUUGAUGUGAACAACUGCCUAUGUCGGAGACGCAUUGCAAGUGUGGCCUACGGUGACGUGUUUUCCACGAGCCUUUCGCUGCCAGGACCCGCGGAGCUUGCAUUUCAUUCCGAAACUGGGGUCAAUGCGGUGGUUCUAUAUGCCAACGGGCUGUUUUUUACAUUCGCCCCGAUGUUUGCGGACCAUCUUUCCAUUCGUUCAACUGUGAUGGGAGCUUUCAUGUCGGAUGUCACGUGCGGGGGUGCUACUUUUAGCCAUUUCGCUCGGGUCCUCCCUCCUUUGGAGCAGUUGCCUGCGGUGCAAUUUGUUGCCUUACAAUGUCCUGAGGGUUGUCUCCCGGGCCUUAUCGAUUUCCGACCACUUGGUGCGGGGCUUGCCGUGCUUCCUUACCAACCCGGGGUGAGCCCUGCAACACGCCUUGCAAUGGCUGUGGCUACAUCCGGAGAACCAGUACCGGAUUGUAAGCUUGCUGAGCUUCUUGCCCGGGGCAGCUUAAUGGUGCUCCACCGUGAACACUCGGUGGAUCCUGAUAAGCCUCUCGAAGCAAAUGCACCAGCCCCUCUUGUGGUUUUACGUCGCCGGACCCUUCCAGGAGCUUCGCCGUGCUCGGCCAGCGGCGGUUCUUCGGCGAGUGGGCGCUCGGCCAUUAAUUUUGGGGUUCUCUUGGCAGUUACUACGAGGCAUGGCGUUCGUUCGGCUGCCUUGUUGCUUCUCGGGUUGCGCGUCAGCUGGGGUACUUUUCUGAUACCGGACUCCGAUCCGCCCGCCGAUGGGAUUGCCCUCCAUCGCAAGUCUGAGGAUGCACAGGUUAGGAUCCCAUUAGACACGGAAGCCGGGGUUGGCGCGCACCACCGCCUCGCCCAGAGACUGAGCGCGUCCCGUGAAUGGGCUUCUGCUGAGUGGAGCCGGAGUCAGAAUUUAGCAACUGCCCCUGCCUCACACUACUACUUUCAGGUAGCAUCGCCCGGCGAUUCUGUUUGGUUCCUCUUCCCGGGUGACCGAGGAGCAGACGUCCUGAAGAGCGUGUUACUCAGAGCAGGGGGCCUGUUGGGACGGGGUUUCCCGAUCUUGGUUCAACCUUCUGGAUUUGACCGAUGUGUCCGAUUCAUCUCCCCAGCGCGCAGUUUGCAGUAUGUUACUGUGCUUGUUGACGCUGGCGGACCCUUGAUCUGUCUGGAUGUGGUCCGCUCCAACCCUGGGCCCUCCAUUCUGCAGGCGCUGAUACUGCUUUUCCCGGGAGGAAGCUUUCGUCUUGAUGAAGGGGCGCCUCACCCAUUGCGACAUGGAGAUGUUGUCGUGGCGCAUAGUGAUGAUAAGAUUAACCUGCCAGACGUUGGGGCUUCGUCUGUACCGAUGCCCACGUUUUCAGCGACCAGUUGGCUUGUUCCGCACACUGAGGUGUUUAUCACGUCUGCCGACCAAGGCCUGCUUCUGGUUGAAGUCCCUAAAGGAUUCACUAAGUACCGUCUUGAGUCAGCUCUGCAGUCUUGGUACGGUGAGCAUCGUUGUGGGACAAGUUGCCUCAUUAGACUGCCUCUUUCUGCGCCUGCGGUCGACUUGUUCUGUCUUAUUGAGCGCACGCACAGCACGCUCACAGUUCUGCUCACCGAUGUUUUGGAUUGCGGGGUCCUCCCGAUUGUCCUCACUGUGUCUGCCCCAGUCUCUGAGGAGCUUCCUUUGUCAAGCAUUCGGGGGUCGCCCUUUUGGAACGCGGUCUUAGACCAACAGCCAACCAUUUUGCGGCACUUUGCGCUUUCGGCGGCACAAGUCAGCUCAGGUUUUCCCUUCGUUUUCUUUCAGCUUGGAUUGGACUUCUGUCGCUUGUCUGAUGCAGGAUGGAGCCAGUUCUUCCGAGUUCCCGGGUUGAACAGGGAGUUCAAACUUUCCCUCUGCACUGGCCAGCUCAUGCACGACCGGCACCAACGAAAGCACUGGUUAAACGUCGUCCAGCUAAGGGCUGCGUUGCAGUACCGGGACAUUUCUCGUCAGGUCCCAUGCCAUUUUCCUUGGGCCAUCCGAAUCGGAGAAUGGGUGAGAGCUGCUUGCACGCUGUCGGUGGAAUGGCCCGAGGUUAUGUCCAUUGGAGGGCUCACCACGUGGGACCUGCCAGGUGUUGAGAUCCACGGGCAGUUGGCUGUUUGGAAAUGGCCCGGUGAGGUGUCCUCUCUGGCUGGUGAGUGUGGGCACCUUUUCCAAGAAGGCCAUGACGCCUUCGCCUGCGAUGCCACGCGUGGCCUCCAGGCACGCAUCAAUGGGGUUCUGAACCAGCCGUCAGUUGCAGCAUUUGCCAGUGUGGUCAGUCCUGCCGUCGGACGCAGCCUGACGACUCGAUCAUACCUAGGAUGGUGGUUCCUCCUCUCUUUUCUUCUUCAGG